AUGAUCCGAGAGGUGAAGCAGAGCGACGAGGGCAGGUACCAAUGCGUGGCCCAGAACAUCGUGGGGCAGCGGGAGUCCUCCCCGGCCACGCUCACCGUCCAUGUUAAACCGUUCCUGAGCAAGGAACCUCGGGACGUGACUGCACUGGUGGACUCAAGCGUGGAGUUGGAGUGCGCCGCGGGCGGGGACCCAACUCCCAAAGUGCUCUGGAGGCGGGCCGACGGCAAGAUGCCCAUCUCCAGGGCCAGGCUCACCGAGGACAAGAGCCUCCGCAUCGAGAGGAUCGCUGUAGAGGACGAGGGUGUCUACAUCUGCGACGCGACAAACCUCGUCGGCACCGUCACCGCCAAGGCCACCCUCACCGUGCACUCGCCUCCUACAUUCACGGUGAAGCCGGAGGACCAGACGGUGGGCCUCAACGGGGUGGCCCAGUUCGAGUGCGCUGCCCGCGGGUCGCCGCCGCCCUCUGUCUACUGGGCCAGGGAGGGAAGUCAGCUGCUCAUGUUCCCCGCCAACUCCUACGGCCGCCUCCACGUCAGCCCCCAGGGGCAGCUCACCAUUCACGGCGUCCUCAGGGAGGAUGCGGGCUUCUUGGUCUGCUCCGCUCUUUCUGUAGCUGGUUCCACCACGGCGAGGGCUUAUCUAGAGGUAAGAUCCGCCGGAGACAGCCCACCGCCCAUCGUAGAGAUCGGGCCCGCCAACCAGUCACUCCCCGUCCACUCCGUGGCCAUUCUCCCCUGCCAGGUCAGAGGGUCACCUUCGCCAAUCACUUCCUGGGCCAAGGACAGCGCUCCUCUUAAGCUGACCCAUCGCCACAGCCUCUAUCACAACGGCACUCUGCAGAUCGACGAUAUUGAAGAAGCUGACAAUGGGAUUUACACUUGCACAGCUAAAUCAGAAAGUGGAGAAAGUUCUGCUUCAGGGUGGUUGAAGGUGGGUGGUGAGCUGGAGCGGGCCCCUGAACCUGGGGCUCUGCCCCGGGCCCCUCUGGCCCUGAGGUUGGUCAAUUCAUCUCUGCACGCUCUUACUCUCUCGUGGGAGCCUGCACCAGGAGGAUCCUCGCUGUCAGGGUACACAGUCGAAUACUACAGUCCCGACCUCCAGACUGGUUGGGUCGUCGCUGCCAGGGGCAUACCCCAGACGGUGGCCACGAUAAGAGAUCUGAAGCCAGAUACGAGGUACAUGUUUACUGUACGAGCAGAGAAUGCAUAUGGAUUGUCUGUCCCUAGCAAUACAUCAGAGAUAUUGCAUACGCAGAGUGGUGAAACACAAGGCGUGAGCCAGGCCCAGUUGGAUGAGGCCAGGAUCAGGCUGGGGACUAGGGUCAUCACGCUAAAGAAUCUAACACCUACCGGCUCUACUACAGUCAGGGUUAGCUGGGAACUACUUACAAGUGACGAAUACGUUGAAGGAGUCUAUGUGAGGUUCAGAGAAGUUUCAGGAGGUUGGCAUAAGUACAGUCUAGUCACAGUGAUGGCAGCUGGAGCGUCGCAAUACACUGUCUCUUCCUUGCGCAAAUUCACUAAAUAUGAGUUUUUCCUCACUCCAUUCUUCAAGUCUCUCGAAGGACAACCAUCCAACUCUAAAGUGGUUCAAACACUUGAAGAUGCUCCAUCUGCUCCUCCUCUGAAUGUCUUAAUGGAAAUGUUGAACUCGACAACUGCCUCGGUGAGGUGGUCACCUCCGCCAGCUCAACAUAUUAAUGGGGUCCUGCUUGGUUAUAAGGUCCAAGUGAAAAGCAACAUAACCAAGACAGGUUCUCAGAUGACUGUCAAUGCCACAACACGCACUGUUACCUUGCACCACCUCUCCCCCAGUGCUACUUAUGCCGUGCGAGUGGCAGCUUACACUCGGCUCGGACCAGGACCCUACUCCAGCUUGGUGUCCAUGAUAAGAGUUGGCAUCCCUGGUCCUCAUGCCCAACCGUCACAGUCUAACAGCCAGACCUGGGUGCUGGUAGUCAUGUUCGGGGCAUUGAUUGCUGUUGCAGCUGGGACCAGUAUUUUCCUCUACAUGAGGAAAAGGGGAACCAAAAAGGACAUUGCUCACCUAGCUACUUUCUCUGCUUCAGACGGUCCCACUGGAACAGACCUUUCGUUGCUCCAUGGAACGGCUGUCAAAGACACCCUGUGGAUAGAUAGAGGUUGGGACAAAGGAGGCAAGCUGCUCUGCCCUCACGACGCCCCGGAUUAUGCUGAAGUGGAUUCACGGAGCCUUUCCACCUUCUACAACCCUCGCAAAGAGCAGCUCACUCCUUACGCCACCACAACUCUUCUCAGCAGGGUAGAAGAAGCUGCAAAUAAAUCAGAUGGAAGAAACACAUCUGGUGAUUCAAAGGAAAUGUUAGGAAGCCACCACAGUCAAGAACUUAGACCAAUAUUUUUAGAAGACAAUCAGAUGCGAAGAUUAAACAGGAAAACUCCUGUGACAGACUGCCUCCAGAAUGGUUUUCCUAACUGGAAUGAAUUCCUUCCCCCUCCACCUGAACAUCCUCCUCCUCAAGGAGACCAGAGGGCAUCACAUCGAACUUACCAGGUGUGCGGAAGCCCCACAAUGGGCCGCAGAUGUGGCAGUUGUGGGUCUAGAGAUGGUCUUGCUCAGCGGUGCCCAGCCUGGCAUAAUGACACUUGUGCGAGGCAUAUCCAUUCCCAUCCACAAGUACCAAGAUGCUCAAUUGACUGCGGACGAAGUACGUGCGGAAGCAGUUGCUCCUCCCACCACACUCACCAUUGCCACCGGCCCAGGGAGCCCACUCCUGACCAUUCCCACGAAGAAAGUGCUUCCCUCCUUUACGGCCAGCCAGUCAACAGGUUAUGCAGCUGUGAAAUCCACUGCUGUCAGGACAAACCCCCAUCUUCUCUUCCCAACAACCAUCAGCACAGACAUGAUGUUGGAAAAUGUGAAUGUCCAUGCGAUGGGGAAACAUGGAAAAGAACGUGGGAUGACUACAGUAGUAGCCAUGCCAGUGACACCUGUUGUUCUUGCAGCGAGUCAUCUUGCAUGUAUGCUGAAGCAGCACAGCCGUGCCAUGCGUAG